AUAAUAAUGAUAUAGCAGGACAGAUAUAGAUGAAAAGACUAGAUUAGAUUGGAAUUGACUAUAAAUUGACUAAUUAUGAAUUUAGUUUUUGGUAUUUGAAUAUUUAAUAUACUGUGCCAUAAUAUUAUUUCUUCAAACAAACAAAAAUGGAAGAACUUAAAAAAAUUCCUCCAAUGGAACAACGUCAAUUAGUUACAUAUAUAAAUCACUUUAUUCGAUCCACUGUAACAUUUUUAAACAAUUUCAUGACACACUGUGAAGCAAAAAUGAUGAAAUCUGAACAACGGUUACAAAAAAUUUCAGCAUCCCUGUGCAUAUUAGAAACUAAGUUAAAUUCUGUUCCUGAACUACGAGAACUGCAGUCAUCUCAAUUUCAAACAAGUGAACCUCCUUGCAAUCAAUUAAAAGAUAAUUCAUUUAAUACUGAAGGAACUAAUAAACAUAAUAAAACUGAGACAACCACUGGACUUAAAACAGUGACAACUGAUGAACAUGGUAAAACUGAAGACAAUAUUAUUUCAGAACCAGCUGUUGUAGAUGAAAGUUCUAAUGAGCCAAUUGUGGAUCCAACAAUAUUAAAAUACCGAAAAAUGAUUCAAUUUGGUGUGCCUAGAGGGGCUGUUGAAUUAAAAAUGGUCAAUGAAGGAUUGGAUCCAAAACUGUUGUGA